CAACAAAAUAUCAUCGUAAAAUUGARUUUCACCCGAACUAAAAAGAAUUGUUACGGAAAAAACAUCAUUAAUUUGAAUUUCACCCUAACUAAAAAAAAUUGUUAUGGAAAAAAAUAUAUAUAAAUAAAGCCUUUAAAAUUAAAACCCUCCAAAAAAUGAAAACCCAUUAAGGUAACUUCCAAAAAAUGCAAUUUGCAAGAGGCAGCAAGCAACAGAUAAGGGGAGGAGGUGAGAAGGUAAACACAGGCAACUUCUACACCCUCUCCGUCGCAACCUUCAAUUCCUUCUGAGUUUCCAAGGUACCCAUCAAUGGCGUACCUCAGGACCGCCAUGGAUUCUGCCUUUGGAGAUUUGAACCUUUCAUCCCCUCAAACCCUCGCCGGCACCGCCAAGGCCGUCCCCGGCGACCCAUUCCCCCUCGACGGAGCUCGGGCCAGCCGCACACUGCGGGUUCAGCAAAUCUCCCUCCUCGGCAAUGGWUUUCCCCUCGGCAUUAUUCCUUCUUACUCGCCCACCGGACACAAGGAGUUAGGUUCAUUUUCUCUUCAGUCGCUCUUGCUCAAGUUGCCUGCCGCUGAUUGGUGGGUUGGGUUAGUCGGCCAAUUCCGUCCGAAGAAACUGAUAUCUUCUAUAAAAGCCGAACUUUCUGCUGUAGAUAGCCUUGAGCUCCCUGUCUUGAAAGAUGUUGCUCUACAGUUUCUGGACAAGUCACUCUAUACAUAUGGUUUAUGCUCUCAGUUUUCUCCUAGUCCCUUUUCGUCUCUAUUUUUCAGCACUGAAGAGCAUGGUGAGAAGAAGGGACGUCGCCACAAAGCAAUGUUUUAUCACAAGCUUCCAAAUCAUGACAUUUUUCUGGAAGCAGCUUGGCCUGAGCUCUUCCUUGAUCAUAAAGGGCAAUAUUGGGAUGUACCCGAGUCUAUAUCUUUGGAUCUUUCAUCUCUCAAGUCAGAAUCUGGUUUGCGAUACCGAGCUGGGCUGCAUAAGAAUGGUGGCCUUCCCCGGGCUCUUAGUCCUACCAAUGGCGACAACCCACCUCUUGCUCUCAUGCCUGGAUUAUGUGCAAAGGCUGCAUUCUCUUUUGAAAAGAACAGGUACCUUUGGAGGGUACAAGAACGGAAGGAAGACAUGAUGGAGAAGACGGACAAGGGGGAACAGUCUUGGAGGUCAUCAUACGAUGUGCGUCUUAAAGAACCUCAUGCAGCCAUAUCUGGAAUUGUUGGUGGCACCUUUAGCACCUGGUUCAGAGGCAGCGGCACGAUUGGGUCCAAUGGAGAUGGAAACAAAAGAAGUCCACUGAACGCUGAUCUUUUUGGCUCAAUUUGCUAUACUUUCCAACAAGGGAGAUUUAGAAAGCAAUUUGGUGACCUUACAAGGAUAGAUGCUCGGUUAGACAUUUCGUCGGCUUCAGGGUUUGCCAAAAGAGUUUUUAAUUGUUUCAAGAGAUCCAUUGAUGAUCUAGAGCGAUCGAAAUCUUCCCCCCGUCUCAAUUUGAUCUUUCAACAGCAGGUUGCUGGCCCGAUUGUCUUCCGUGUAGAUUCCAGCCUUAUGCUCGAUCCUCCCUCUGGCCAGUACCGUCCCCAUGUCGAGGACACAAUAUACAGCCUGAAUUAUUCAUUUAGGCUUCUUAAAUCAGGCAAAGCCGUUUUCUGGUAUUCUCCCAAAAGGAAAGAGGGGAUGGUCGAGUUGCGCCUGUUUGAGUUUUGAUAAACGUGGUUUUAGUUCGGUCGAUGCAUUCGAUUCUUACCUCUUUGACAACGAAAAUUGACUGCAUAGAGUUAGUUAUAGCACUUGAGGCCUUUCUUUCCCAUCUAUUUAGUGUUGCAAUACUUGUUUUAUGACACASAGCUUCGGCUUUAAACAGUUGUUGCUCAAAAAAUUAAGGGCACUGAUGAUGAAUAUGUAGUUAUUUAUCUUURAAUCAUUGAACAUUGUUCCAAAUUUUCUGCUUCAAUCUCAUUGCAUCAGGAUCUUUCUGCAUUGCAGCA